AAGCCGAAACCAGGCGGGAAGAGGCCAACGCAGCUACUCAGAAUGGCUUCUACAAGAAGGGCCAUUGGCCCUCCACGUGGUGCUUUUGACUUCAAUGAUAUGUUCUUAGAAAGCUCAAGGAUGGAAGAGAUCCUAAACUUACAAGCCCGAAGUCUUGGCCAGCAGGCACCUGGGCAGAGCAGAGUCCUAAAGAGAAACCAAAUGAUGGAUGAGAAAUACUUGAUGCCCAAAGAGGAGACCAUGCCAGGGAGGGGUCCCAGGCUGGACCUCAGGCCCCCCACCAUCUUCUCUAAGACCAGAGCCAAUGAGGCCCUUAGGAAACUGGCCCAGAUUGAAACCAAGAUCCUGAGGCGGAAGCAGGCAUCCUCGGCUUUGACUGACACAGAAUUUGACUCUCUGAGCAGUGAGAAGAGUCUUCCUAAGAAGACAUCUGCAGCAUCUUCUGUAUCUUCCCAGUAUCCACACAAAACUUUCCAGAAACAAAUAUGUAAAACCUCUGUAGCAAAGAGCAAUGGGCAAAGUGGGAAAGGUAGCAGGUUUCUGAAGAAGAAGGAGCUGCCCACUGAAACUAGGUCCCUGAGGCCAGCCGUGGGGGAAGGGAAGCAAGUUCAGCUGCCUAGACAGAAAGAACCUGCCAGAAAGUGUGAUGUCCCCGACAGUGAUGAGGAAGAAAUGAAAAUGCUGCUUGGAAGCUUGAUGGAAUCUUCUGGAGAAAAAGAAACAAAUAAAAGUAGCGAGCUCCCCAGCAGGAGUGGCCAUGGAGAGCUGUUCUCGAAUCAGACGCCAGCUCCACUGGGAGUCCCAUCUCAGCUCCGUGUGUACCAGUCCAGCUUACAGCCUACUCAGCCCGUGUUGUUGACUAGUGUUGGCAUAAGAACUCACUCCCCAUGGAUUCACAAUGCUGGGGACACAGCCUCCCUCACAUCCUCGCCUUCCAUCAGAGAUGACCUUUCUAAAUCAGCAUCUUCAAAGAUGGGGUGCAUCAAGCUGGCUUCGUCCCCCAGCAGAACGGAGACAGGGACUUCAGAGGAGCCAGUCUCAGAAACUGCUGAUGACAGCCUCCAUGAUUUUAGAAUUAAUAUUUUGUCCAUUGAUGAUCUGGUUCUGGCUGAUGGAGACAAAUCAGAUGUGGAAAAGAAAGAGGAAGAUUCUGGAAGGGAUUGGGUACCAGGCAGAAGCUCCCCACCUAUGUCACCUUCUCAACUGGAAGUGCAGAGGGCUACCCAGCGCAAGGCCUCUACAUUUCAGGGCACAGCCACCGUGGUUGAGGAUGAAGAGGACCUUGCCACUGAGAGUGAGGUCUCGGAGCACCCGGUUGCCAGCUCUGCCCCAGCUGUCCAGUCUCACAGUGUGUCUAGCGCGUGCUCUGUGGAGACUCCUCCCAGUGCACUCACAGCCAGUCCAGCUUAUUCUGAGGAUUUUGAGCAGUCCUCUGGUCCCUUGGCCUCAGAGGCAUCUCUUGACAGGACGCUAGACACUUUGUCGAAGUUUUCUUCCAGUAGACAGACAGAUCUCUCCAGACAAUCUCCUUCGAGGACAGAGUGGGGCAGAAGUGUGAGUAGAGUUGUGAAAGAGACAGCUGUGCAAACGCUUGACCCUGCCUUUGCCUGCCAGUGGAGCCAGGCUGGCGGCAUGGCAGCCAUUGGACCUGCCCUUGGAGGCGCCUAUGUGGACCCAGCUCCCAUUGCCAGUCACAUUGUCAGCACGGACACCAUAGAAGCCCUGACAGCCUACAGCCCUGCCAUGUUGGCACUGAACGACAUGCUGAAGCAGCAACUGAACCUGACGCAGCAGUUCAUCGAGGCCAGCCGCCACCUGCAUGUGUCCCUUCUGCAGUCUCUGGAUGGGGACUCCUUUCACUACCACACGUUGGAGGAAACCAAAGAGUACAUUAGGUGCCACAGGCCUGCACCCCUGACCAUGGAGGCUGCCCUGCAGGAGGUGAGGGAGGAGCUCAAAGUCUCAGCAGGUGGCUGCUCUGAGGACACAGUGAGGACAGCUGUAGAGCUGCCACAGGCCAGUCACAGCAGGAUGGAGCCAUGAGGUGGUGCGACAGACAGUAUGUGCCAUGUUGAUCACUCAAGAUGGGACCAGCCACCCCAUGGGAACACUCCAUGCCAGGUGCUGAGACAGGUCUUCUGAGCCACAGCUGGCAUCUACCCAGAGCAGCCUGCGCCAGUGCACACCUCUUACCCGCAGCUGGAGGAAAUCUUUUACAAAAGGCUUUAUUUGAAGGCAAAACAGUAAAAUUCACAAUCAGUUGUUAACAGAA